CGCGCUACAAAGCUCUGCGCUUGGGAUCUGGUAUCCUUUUCUCCCGAGUCAGGUGUCUGGGUACGAGUCUUCCGCUGCUCCUCCCCGCUCCUGUUCUCCCGCCCUCCGAGGCGGCACCUGCGCAGGAGUCUGAGACGUUCUUUUCCACAGUUCCAGAAUGGAGACUGAAGGAUACCCAGAGACACAAGGAAAUAGGAAUGAAGUUCACAAUGGUCAGAUAAGGUCACCACCAGAUGGAAUGAUGGCUGAAGAGCUAGAAGUCAUCCUGAAACCGGCUCCCCGGGUCCAGGUUUCAUUAGAACCUGUGGGUCUCCCACCAGAGAGCCUUGAUGAAGUCUCUGUCGAGGACCUCGAGGCCAUCCCACAAAGGAAUCCCCCCAACCCUGCAGACUCCCUGCAGAGGUUCAGGCAGUUCCGUUACGAGGAUGCAGCUGGUCCCAGGGACGUCCUGCGACAUCUCCAGGAGCUUGCUGGACAGUGGCUGAGACCCGAUAUCCACACAAAGGAGCAGAUUGUGGAAAUGCUGGUGCAGGAGCAAUUCCAGGCCGUCCUGCCCGAGGAGCUCAGGGCUCGGGUGCAGAGAUAUCGGCCUGGAGUCAGAAUUACUGGCUAAGUCUCGCUGCUUGCUUCUUGCUCAGCCCCCAUGCAAAAAGUAAGCCAAAGUUCUCUUUGCUGCCAGAUCCAGCUGCAGCAGUGGGAAAUCUGAACCUCGGUUUUCUUUAAGAUUGCGUUUGACUGUUUAUAAUAAGAAUCAAUCAAAAUCGACGUCUGGACCUCUUUUUGGCCAAGGCAGGUUUAUUUCCCAGGACUGACCUCCAGAGGGAAUUUCUUUGCCCUCUUGUUAGGACAAUCAGCCUGCUGCUUCAGGCUCUUUCAGGAGUGUGUAUUUGCUCUGCUGAAUGCCUCCUUGUUUGCACUUUGUGAUAUGCUUUAAUAUAUUAUUUUUAUGUAUCCAAAGAGUAAUCAGCUUUAAAUUUGAGAAUUCUUGAUUCUCACCGUGGUAGCAUGAAUGGAACCCUCUGUAACCCUGUUAUACUCACUAGGGAUACCCUUGAAAUAAUAAAGUUUUGUCCUUAA